UUUGUGAAACGCCUCUCAAUUAUCCUUAAUUUUAAAAUUGUCAUUCAAUCUAGAAGCAAGUUGUUUAUAUUGACGUUCAUUAUUUCUAUAACAGUUCAAAUCAUUGUUUUUCACUAAAAUGUAAUCCGACGGGUUAGUAUGGGAAAUCAAGCUUUGAAAAAUUAUGUUGUCGAUGAGUCCAGCUUCGUUGAUGGCGGGAGGUAUUUAAAAUGGAAAUAUGGUUCAGGAUACCAUUCAUCACGAUCUACGGAAUUAGUUACCAUUUUUUUGUUUAAAAAAAAAACAUUAGAAAAAUUAAAAAACGCUUUUCUUCAAAAUGAAAUAUUAAAUAGUCUAUACCGAGAUGCGCGAAAUCUUCAAAAACUUCGUCAUCCUAAAAUAUUACAACUUCAAGAACCCUUAAAAGAAGACAAUUUAUCUCUUUGUUUUAUUACGAGAAGAGUAACACGGACACUCGAGAAUUACUUUGAUGAGUGGAGACAAAGUACAAAGUCUUUAAAAGAAAAGAAAUUGAAAAAACCAUUUUUCUUUAUAUUACGAUACAUAGAUCGGAGUUAUGAAUCGAACAUAAUUCCCUUAGAAGUCAAAGCAGGUUUUUAUGAUAUUUGUGAAGCUGUUUCAUUUUUGCAUAAUGAUGUGAAAAUAUGUCACUUAAACAUAUCCCCUACAAGCAUUUUACUAUCUCCGAUAUUUCGUUGGUACUUAGGAUCCUUUGGUUUUGCUCAGUACAAUAAUCGUGAUCGAAAAAUACCAGAAACAAAUUAUACUUUUGAAUUUUCUAGGGAUGCAUCUUCAUGGGAAGAUGAAGUAUCUAUUAAUCCAUGUCUUGCGUAUUGUUCACCUGAAGUUGUUAGUAACAACAUUGGUGAUGGUUAUGCCUCUGAUAUUUUCUCGUUGGGUUUAUUAUUACUACAAGUGAUAGAACCAACUAAAUCACCUUUACUUCGUGUUACAAAAAAUUAUGAUUUUCGAACGUAUGAAGAACAGUGUUCCACGUUGGUUUCCCGAGUAAAAUUAUUACAAUGUCCUGCUCAACUUCUCUCCUUAGUUAUAAAAAUGAUAGAUCCGAAUCCAUUAUUAAGAUGUUCAAUUAAUGAUGUUUUGAAUUCUCCACUUUUCAAUGAUACAACAUUUCAUAUACUCAGAUUUUCAAAUAGCAUUUUGGAAAAGACAGAUUUUCAAAAAAUGCAAUUUUGCAAAGAUUUGUCCACUAUCUUAAACGAUAUGAAUCACGAAUUGUAUAACGAUUUAGAAUUUUUAAGAUGUCGUAUUAUUAUUCCUUUAUUAGAAUCAAUAACGCUUCCAUCAAUAAAAGACUCAUUUUUACCAAUAAUAUUUUCUUUUAUUCCCAAGAUCAUAACACAAGAUAUUUUUAUGAAAUAUUUAUGGAAAAAAAUAAAUCAUUUAAUGAGAAUGGACAAACUUUCGUCGCAGUGUGUUUUUAUUUUGCUGGAAAAUUUGUCGUGUAUUAUCCAAUUUGUUGGAUCAAAAGAAAUUAUUGAAAGAGAUAUUAUACCAUUUGUUAUCAAUUGUGUUUUUAUUAAAGUCGAAAGCAUUCAAGUUAAAACAUUAGCUGUGAUAUCCACAAUUCUUGAUAGUUUAGCUUACGUAACAUUUACUACUAUUAUAUUACCAGCCAUUUUGACAUGUCUGAACACUAAUGAAACAACAUGUACGGUUAGGGUAGAAAUUCUUAUGAUAUUGGAAAAUGUUUCCAAAAGAUUAGACAGCAAUACUAUCGAUAAUACUAUUUUAACUGCUUUGUCAAAAUUGCCUUUGAUAGAAACAAGUCCUGUUGUGGCGAUGACAUGUUCAAAUGUUUUAAAUCGAUUUGUUGCAAUCAUUGGUCUAGAAAAUAGUUUAAAGAAAAUUUUGCCGCUACUUACCACAUUUCUUUGUAACAUGAAUUUAACAGAAGAACAUUUUAAUCGUAUUUUGAAUUUACUAUUCUCUCAAUUAAAUAUGUAUGCAGAGCAACGACGUAAAGGGUUUUCUGAUAAUCAUCGGGUUUCUGAUGAAAAUACUUUCCAUGCGACUUCUACUGUGUCUGAUUUGUGCGCAUUGGACAAACUACUUUUAUCGACAACACCACAGUUUAUGAGAGAUACGAAUCGCGAGAACACAUCAAUAAACAAAUAUACAUCAACGAUUCUGAACACGAUCACUCCAAAACCUGACGUGCACGGUUUACAUUUAUUAAUGAAACCUGAAGCCUCAUCAGGUUUAUCACAAAAUCAUGAGUACCAGAGUCUUGAAAAGAAGUUAGAAACGUGCAAUUUAAAUAAUGGUAUAACACAGUCGACGAAUUCCUGUCGAAUUUUCGAUGUGUUUGAUGAAUUAUAGAACAGAACAUAAUUUUAAUCAAGGUGUCUUGGUUUGGAACAUGAAACUUUUCAAUUAAAUAUUUAGUGAGAAACGUUUUCAAAAUUAAAUGUAUCCAAAAUAACGCGAUUAAUUAUGGUGACGUUGUCAAAGUAUUUUUCUGAUGGUUACCAAGAAACUCUGGUAGUUUGAUUUUAUCUAAUAUUUUGGAAUGUAUUUGUCUUAUAAAAAAAACUUUUGCUGCUAUUUUUCUUUAUUAUUAUACGAACAAAAAAAAUAAAAGAUUUUAAUAUAAGCCAUC